AAUGAAUUGAGGUGGACUAAAAUGUCUAAAUAUACCUUACCCCCAGCAUUUGACCAAAGGCCUGUUUACAUUCCGUGUUUCUGGGUCCAUCCUCUUUCGGCACAAUCACGUGCGGUAGAUUCAAUGACGUACGAGAGCCUCUAGCCCAAAAUUCCAGCCAAUAGACCUUCAAGAUUAUCCCCGCUUUACGAUUGAAUAUGUAACAUUCACUUUUUUUUUUUUUUCUCGCCUCAUUAUUUGCUACGCUCACCGCUCUUACUCGUUUCCUUGGGUGUGAGGCGUCUUAAGGUCCAUAUUGCAUCUGAGCAAAUAAAAUCUCACGUUCCGAUUACUCAUCUCCGGCAUCCAGCUUUUUCAGUUUUCACGCCGACGCAAAAAAUUUCUAUUUAAGCCCCAUUGUAACACCCCUCUUCUUCCCUUUGCAUACUCCCACCAACAAUCAUGGAAGCCCUUACCCGCCAGUCCCUCAGCGUGUGUCCCUUUGUAAAGAAGCACUCGACCGCUGCGUUCAAGAGAAUGUCGCAGAGCUCCGCGCUCGUGUCGCAGGCCGCCCACUGCCCGGUUGUGGGUCCUGCGAUGAAGCGCGGGCUCGCCACUUCCGCCGGCGCGACCGUCGCUGCGCCAGCCGCGUCUACCGCCUCCGCCAACACUAGCUUCGACUUUGACGCUCUCUUCCAGGGCGAUCUCGCCAAGAAGCGUUCCGACAAGUCGUACCGCUUCUUCAACAACAUUAACCGUUUGGCCGCCGAGUUCCCAAAGGCGCACAGAAAGAACGAGGCGGACAAGGUCACCGUGUGGUGCUCCAACGAUUACUUGGGCAUGGGCCGCAACCCGCAGGUGCUCGCAGCGAUGAAGACGGCGCUCGAAAGAUAUGGCUCCGGCGCCGGCGGUACGCGUAACAUCGCCGGUCACAACCGGCACGCCAUCGCGUUGGAAGCAGAGCUUGCCAACUUGCAUAAGCAGGACGCGGCAUUGGUUUUCACGUCGUGCAUGGUGGCAAACGAUGCGGUGCUUUCUCUUUUGGGCCAGAAGAUCAAGGACCUUGUGAUUUUCUCCGACUCGCUUAACCACGCGUCGAUGAUCCAGGGAAUCCGCAACUCCCGCGCCAAGAAGCACGUGUUCAAGCACAACGACUUGGAAGACCUUGAACGCUUGUUGAAACAGUACCCAAAGUCCACGCCUAAAUUGAUCGCUUUUGAGAGUGUUUACUCCAUGUGUGGCUCGGUGGCGCCGAUCGAAAAGAUAUGCGACUUGGCGCAGCAGUACGGCGCCCUCACGUUUUUGGACGAAGUUCAUGCCGUCGGCAUGUACGGCCCACACGGUGCCGGUGUUGCCGAGCACUUGGACUUUGAGGAACACUUGCGUUCGGGGAUUGCUUCGCCGAGUCGCAAAACCAUCAUGGAGCGUGUGGAUAUGAUCACCGGCACCUUAGGGAAGGCGUAUGGUGCGGUCGGUGGCUACGUUGCUGGUAAGCGCGACUUAAUCGACUGGUUGAGAUCUUACGCCCCGGGCUUUAUCUUCACCACCACUUUGCCUCCAGCCGUCAUGGCUGGUGCUGCUGCGGCCAUCAGAUACCAGAGAGCCACCUUGAAGGACCGUGUGCUCCAGCAGCAGAACACAAGAUACGUGAAGGAUACCUUGCGCAGUUUGGGCAUUCCGGUCAUUCCGAACCCAUCACACAUUGUGCCGAUUCUUGUUGGUAACGCUGCAGAUGCCAAGAAGGCGUCUGAUUUGUUGUUGGAGAAGCACAGCAUCUAUGUCCAGGCGAUCAACUACCCAACCGUGCCGAUUGGCGAAGAAAGAUUGAGAAUUACCCCAACCCCAGGCCACGGUAAGGAGUUGUCUGACGAGUUGAUUACCGCGGUGGUGAGUGUGUUUGAGGAGUUGAACUUGAAGAAGGUUGAUGCCUGGGAGAAGGAAGGUGGUCAUUGUGGUGUCGGUCUCAAAGGUGUUGCGCCAAUGGAGCAUUUAUGGACGGAUGCGCAAUUGGCAUUGAAGGAUUCGGAUUUGAAUAAGAAUGUGGUUGAGCCGGUGAUUGAGGGUUUGGAGGUUUCGUCUGGGGUUCGCAUCUAGAACUGCCGUUUUUUUCCCUUUGUCUUUCUUUUUCCUGUUUUCUUUUUGGUAG